AUGGAGAACCCGGUGCCCCCCUGCGCCCUCUACCCCAGGGACGACCAGGGCCGGGGGGCCGAGGCCGGGGGCGCCUUUGCGCAGGGAGCGUGCGCCCCGGCCGAGGGCCUGGGCGGCGCUCCCGCGGCUCCGGGAGAGGGCAGCCUGCAGCCGCCGGACGCGCAGACACCCUGCAGUCUGAGCGCGUCGCUGUGCUUCAGCUCCGGGGACGACUCCCCGCCGCAGUCUCGCGCCUCCGCGGCGGAAGGCGCAGCGUCCUCCCCGCCCUCGCGUCGCAGCGGCCAGCUGGUGGUGGAGCGGCAGUGGGAGGUCGGCAGCGCGGGCGCCGCGUCCCCCGAGGAGCCCGGGGACCCCGAGCCGCGCGCGCCCCCCGAGGAUUCUGUGUCCCCGGAAGAGCCCGCGGCCACCGAGGAGCCCACGUCCUUGGAAGAGCUCGUGUCUCCCGAGGAGCCCGUGUCCCCCGAGGAGCCCGGGGACCCCCCGCCAGUGCCCCCGGGCGUCGGGCCCGCGCACGGGGAGCCCGACCUGGUCAUCGAGGUGUCCGGCCGCCGGCUGCGGGCGCACAAGGCGGUGCUGGCGGCUCGCAGCGACUACUUCCGCGCGCGCGCGUCCCGGGACGUGCUGCGGGUGCAGGGCGUGGGCUGGGCGGCGCUGCGGCUGCUCCUGGCCUACGCGUACAGCGGGCGCAUGGCGGGCGUGCGACCCGACAACGUGGCCGAGGUGGUGGCCGGCGCGCGCCGCCUGCAGCUGCCGUGCGCCGUGCAGCGCGCCACCGACGCCGUGGCGCCGCAGCUGAGCCUGGCCAACUGCUACGAGGUGCUGAGCGCGGCCAAGCGGCAGCGACUGGCCGAGCUGCGCGACGCAGCCUACCGCUUCAUGAGCGACCACUACCUGGACGUGCUGCGCGAGCCCGCCGUGUUCGGGCGCCUGUCCGGCGCCGAGCGCGACCUGCUGCUGCGCCGCCGCCUGCGCGCCGGCCGGGCCCGCCUGCUGGCCGCCACGCUCGGACCGGCCGGGGAGCGCGCGGGCAGCCGCCCGCAGAGCCCGUCGGGGGACACGGAGGGCCGGGGCGACGCCGCCGUCUACUGCCUGCACGAGGCGGCCGGCGAGUGGCGCGAGCUGACGCGGCUGCCCGAGGGCGCGCCGGCGCGGGGCUGCGGGCUGUGCGUGCUCUACAACUACCUCUUCGUGGCCGGCGGCGUGGGGCCUGCGGGUCCCGACGGCCGCGCGCGCCCCUCGGACCAGGUCUUCUGCUACAACCCGGCCACCGACCGCUGGAGCACCGUGCGUCCGCUGCGCCAGGCGCGCUCGCAGCUGCAGCUGCUGGCCCUGGACGGCCACCUGUACGCCGUGGGCGGCGAGUGCCUGCUCAGCGUGGAGCGCUACGACCCGCGCGCCGACCGCUGGGCCGCCGUGGCCCCGCUACCGCGGGGCGCCUUCGCCGUAGCGCACGAAGCCGCCACCUGCAACGGCGAGAUCUACGUGUCCGGGGGCUCUCUCUUCUACCGCCUGCUCAAGUACGACCCGCGGCGCGACGAGUGGCAGGAGUGCCCGUGCAGCAGCAGUAGGGAGCGUUCCGCGGCCAUGGUGGCCCUGGAUGGCUUCAUCUACCGCUUCGACCUGGGCGGGGGCCGUGGCGACUCGCAGGCGGCGGCCACGUCGGCCGGAGGCGUCAGCGUGCUCCGCUACCACUGCCUAGCCAAGCAGUGGAGCCGCUGCGCCGCGCACCUGCGCCCCCCGGGCGCGCCGUCCAACCUGCAGCCCUUCCGCUGCGUGGCGCUGGAUGGCACCAUCUACUGCGUGAGCCGCGCGGGCACCUGGCGCUUCGUGCCCCCGCAGGACAGCGAGCCCGGCGCGGACGUGGGCGCGGGCGAAGGCGGCAGCUUCGAGCCCGCGCCGCUCCGCGUCCCCUUGGACGCCCGAGGCGCGCUCUUCCCGUUCGUGCUCAACUUGCCGGAGGAGAAGCCAGACCGAGGCGAGGAGGGCGCCGCGUAGGGCGGGGGGGUGCGAGGGGGGGCACCUCCCUCAGGCACGCCCCCGUGGGCGGAGAUCCAACUGGGAGGGGGGCCGAGGAGAGAGUCCUGGCGUGGGCGCUGUCCACGCGGACCAUUUAAACACUUUGAAGUUGGAAGCUUGUCGCGGGACCUUGAAGACUUUUUGCAAUGCUG